UGUAGGUCAUGGCUCCAUCAUUUGUUAUUUUGCUCUGUCUUUACCUCCCGCUUCAGUUCGUUCAUGCAAAGACUGUUGAGCAACAGGAUAAGCAACAGAGCAAUCCCCAUAAAUCCCCCAACAGCGUCCAGCUGGAGGCUCUUCACCUGAAGAGCGGGAAGCACUUAAAGCCUGCAGACGAUGCCUUCAACCCUGAACACAGCCCCCCUGUACCCGACAUGGUGGACCUGGACCGCCGGGUCCGCCUGGCCCGAGGCGCAGACGAGGAUGAGCAGCAGUCCACCUUCAGCCACUCCUUUGAGAACGAGUGGGUGACGAUGCCUCAACUCACAGAGUUCAGCAACACAACCAGGGUAGAACUGAACCGCAGAGACGAGAUCAACCUCCAGGCAAACACCUCCAACCCCGACGACGAGGGUCCCUUCAACCCGUUUUUCCCGCUGGUGGAGAGCUCGUACGUGGCGUACGUGGUUCUGUUCCUGGCCGGCCUGGUGCUGGCCGUGGGCGUGGUGGCCAACAUGGCGGUCAUGUGUGUGGUUUGGAACAACUAUUACAUGAGGUCCGCCUGGAACUACCUGCUGGCCAGCAUAGCAUUCUGGGACUUCCUGGUCCUGGUGGUCUGCCUUCCAGUGGUGGCGUUCAACCACCUGUCCCACCGGAGGAUCCUGGGCGACAUCACCUGCCGCUUGGUGCCGUACAUGGAGAUAGCGUCUCUCGGUGUAACCUCCUUCACGCUGUGCGCCCUGGGGAUCGACCGUUUCCACUCUGCCACCUCCUCGCCCCAGCAGAAGGCCCGGCGGGUGGAGCGCUGCCGCUCCGUUCUGCUGAAGAUGCUGCUGGUUUGGCUCUCGGCUCUGCUGCUGUCCAGCCCAGAAAUCUUCCUGUGGCAGCUGAGCCAGGCAGUGUCUCCGUCUACCGGAAGGAUGGUGGACACCUGCACCAUCACCCCGUCCUCCCCACUGUCCCUGUACCUGCCCGACUCCCUCCACUCCCUGCUCCUCAGGUACCACCAGGGUCGCAUGUGGUGGUGUUUCGGCUGCUACUUCUGCCUCCCCGUCCUCUUCACCGUCCUCUGCCAGAUGGCCACUCGCAACGUCAACAGCGACUCCAGCUCUGCCCAGAAGCAGCGUAACCAUGACGACCGCGCCAACAGCCAGAAGCGCCAGCAGCACCAGGCGGUGGAGCGGCAGCUGAACUGCACCCUGCUGGCGCUAGCCGUGGUUUAUGGGAUCUGCGCUCUGCCAGAACAUGUCUGCAACAUCACCCUGGCCUACACGCAUAUCACCGUCUCUGAGGGCACGGCAGCCAUUCUGGUGCUGUUACAUCACUUCCUGUUGUUCCUAAAAUGCGCAGUGACGCCGGUGCUGCUGCUGUGUCUGUGUAAGGCUCUUGGUCAGGCCUUCAUGGACUGCUGCUGCUGCUGCUGUCAGGAGUGCCAGCCAACCACGGCCCAGGAUUCACCAGGCUCCGCCCAGGUCAAACUGAAGGCAGCCAAUGAGACUUCCAUCUUCUUUGACAAGGCUAAAGACACGACGGCCAUCUUGUCCAUCUCCAGCUAGAGCCACACGUUCCUCUUCAGUUGUCGCUCCAUGCAUCGUCUCCUGCUGGAUGUCCAGUCAUCUCGUAGAAAUAACUCCAGGUUUCCUUCCUUUCGUUUUUGUUAACUCUACACUUCUUUUGCUCUCUUCAUGAUCUAUCCAUCUUUUUCCAUCACCUUUCUUCUUCCUGUGCACACCUUUUCAGCCAGACCACUGUUUUGUUCGGGACACUGCAGCUUCCUGUCUGUACAGGAACUAAUGUUUAAUCAGUUAGAAAAGCUGCUGUUGAGACCUGUGUUGACAGCAGGAACCUGUUCCCAGGACUCUGAAGAGACUCUGGCAGAAGGAAAACCCGACCGCCUCUGUAGAUCCAAGCUGUGAAGUUAUUUUUUGUUCUUACUGAAAGUAAUUUAAGCUAAAUCAAAGCUGUAGUUUCUAUGAAUGUUUAGCUGAGAGAAACCUGAAGGUCUGCUGCUACGACCAGCUGGCUUCACAUCCCUGGUAAAAGUCUGGAUUACUGAAACUAAAAACCGAAACAUGAUAAAUCAAUUCAUGAAGCGCCAAGUGUAAAAUUACAAAGUCAAAAAUUAACAGCAGGAAUUUGAGUAAUUUAGCUUGUUUAUAGUUUCACUAUGUUGUUAAAGCUAAAUAUUGAAUUUACGAGCUAAAUAUUUAGCUCACUAAAUAAGGUCUGUAAAAUAUUUAGCUUGGAACUAAAUAUUUAGCAUUAAAUGUUUUAUUUCCAAACAAACAUUUAGCUCAGCAAAUAAUGUUUGUAACAUAUUUAAUUGAAAUAUUUAGCUUCCAGGCUAGUUUUAGUUAACUUGGAAGCUAAAUAUUUAGCUAGCAACUUUUAAUAAUUAAUUUAGUUUUCAAACUAGAUAUUCAGAUCUAAACUAAAUACUUAACUCAGAGGUAAGUAUUUAACUAAUACUAAAUAAUUUACAUAGACCGAGUUGGCCCAGUUUUUCCAUUUCCUGGUGUUCAGAACCAGACUGGACCCAGCUGGUUGUGGUGUUCAGAACCAGACUGGACCCAGCUGGUUGUGGUGUUCAGAACCAGACUGGACCCAGCUGGUUGUGGUGUUCAGAACCAGUUGGUUCUGGUGCGCAGCAGCAGCCCAGCAGGCGGUUCCCUGAGCCUGUUGAAUGUGUGUACUGGUGUUUUACUGCAGGUGUUUCUGUAAAGGUUGUGCUGACAAUGAAGCUACUAAUCUGAGCUAAAGAGACGAGAUGUUGAUGAAGAACAUGGAGGAAGACGAGGAAGACUCAGUGCCGUGAUGAUGGUCCGUUCAGGAGGCUAAAGUGUGUAGAUUAAAGUGUAUUAAUGUUCCUUAACCAGAAUGUCUAGAACAUGAAGGAACAGCAGAUUUAUGUUUUUCAGGAUAGAAGUACAACUAAUCCCGUGUUUGUUUGACAGAAAACAGGAUGCAGAUUUUAUGUGACAUGGAUGAUUGUGCCUUUGUAAUAUUCUGUGUUUUAAUGUUAAAUUUCUGAAAUUACAACAUGUUUGUCAGGA